AUGGAUAGCCCCCCUAAACUGUCCGGUGAGACCCUGAUAGUGCAUCACAUCCCCCUGGUGCACUGUCAGGUUUCAGGGGGGCGUCAGGGGGGGUGUGGGAGCUCACUGAAGAGGUGUAACCCACUCAGCCCCCCGGAGAACCUGGGGUUGAGUCGCACCACCUCGCUGCCUGAGAGAGACGUUCUUCAGAGGGAGGCUCUAUUCUACAGCAGCCUGAUCCAGACCUCCACUGGCUCCUGGUCCUCCCAUGAUGGAGGACGAGGGGACAAGGGAGGUAGAAGAGGGGGGAGCACGGCAAGUGAUGACUCAUCGUUUACCUCAAGUAACUCUGAGGAGCAGCUAAUAACGGCUCACACACUGCCCAGAGCCAAACCCAGGAACAGGAAUCCUUUACGUCACAAUCCAUUCCUGCUGAACGCAGGAGACGAUGAUGAAGACGAUGAAGAUGAUGGAGACAACCUCCAUGGUUAUUUGGAAGACUCCUCCUUUCAUCUCCAUAGUGACACAAACUCUGCCCUUGAUGACGCGAUGGUUCCUUUUCAUUUGCACAAUUUGGAUUUUGCUUCGGAGUCCUUCUUGUUGCACAGCUCCGGGGUUGGAAGCAGCCGGGAAUACCUGAGAGGAGCUGCCUCGGAUCUGUCCAACCGCCUAGAGGAUCUGGACAUCCUAGGCCUGGACGGCCAGCACCACCCUGGAAGCAGAGACUCCAACAUGUCCAUGGACUGCAGAGAGCAAGACUGGGCAGAUGACGAUGAUGAAGACGACGAAGAUCAUCUAAUGAGAUGCGGACAAAGCAGCAAGACGGAUUCCUUCUCAUCCAGCUCCUCUGCCCAGAACUUCUCCUGCUACGCUCUCUCCCAGAACUACCCUGAGCAGUUCCCUGAACCAUUCUCUGAGACCUUCUCGGAGUUCCAGCAGGGUUAUGGCAGCGACUCGUCCUGCAACAGUUCUGAUGGUGUCCUCGUCAAUUUCAGCACCAUUUUCAACAAGAUGAACAACGGUGUCCCCCAGAAGCCUCAGGCGGUGGGGUCCACCAACUUCAACUGCUCCACUGACCACUCCUGCAUCUCUCCAGGUUCAAUCGGAGAGGCAUUCUACCUGGACCUUCACACCUCCCCAACCGAGCCCCCCUACUCACAGCAGAAACAGUUGCCCGAUUUGUCCAACAACUUUCCUCUGAUCCAUGAACCUCACCUGUGCAGCUCCUCUACCUGCUCCUGCUCUGCAGAGCACCAGGGCUCCCUUGACCUCGAUGCCAACUGCAAUUCCUUCCACCCUCCUCAGGCCUGGUCGUCUGGUGACCUCACUUCCUGUCUGCAGAGUCAGGCGCGCCUGGUUGUCGCCACACAGAACUACUAUAAACUGGUGACCUGUGACCUUUCGUCCCAGUCGUCCCCGAGUCCCGUGGGGUCUUCGGUCAACAGCUGUUCGGAGAACAACAGCAAAGAAAGCCCCACGCCGUCGCAGCCCAGCGAGUACUUCCUGUUCAGGCAGCGAGGUGAUGAGGAGGAAGAGGCGGAGUCAUCUCAGCGACACGACGGCCAUGAAAAGGACGAGACAGCGGAGGGUGAGCAGGAGGCGUGUGGAGCUGCUCCUGCCUCCAUCGAGGCUCAGCUGUUCGUUAAUGUUUCUCCUCCUGCGGCCGGACGGAGCGUCACCGGAGGCGUCGCUCCCGCAGGACAACAUCUCCGCUCCCGCAGCUACGAUCGGAACCUGGACAAGUGUCCGGGCCUCUGUUCUUUGGAGCGCAUGCUGAGCUGCCCUGUCCGGCUGAGCGAGAGCGCCGCUCAGAUCCCCCCUCCUCCCCCACCUCCCCCUCCUCCCCCACCUCCUCCACGCGUCACCUCUUUUGCUGAGAUCGCCAGAAGCAAACGAAGGAACGGACCCGUGCGGGUGUCGCCGUCACUGAAGGCAGAUGUCUUAUCCUCCACCCGCUCACACUCCUCUGUGGACUGCUGUCCCAUCCCGGAGCGGCAGGUGGAGUCCGAGGGGCGGGGCGGCUCACCUGUGAUGUUCAGCAGGUGUUACAGCCACGCCGGCGUGGAGCGCCACCUGGAGGGGAGAGCCACAGCCGAAGGUGGUCUCUCCAGUUCCCCAGACCUCCAGCCGGUCCUGGUCCGCUACAGCAAAGACCAACGACCCACCACCCUGCCCAUCCAGUCCUUCUCCUUCCACCACCAGUUCUCGUCCAGACCCGUCCAGCCCAAGCCUGUGCUGCCCCACCUCACAGGCUACGUCUCUGGGAUGCAGGCUUGCUCCAGUUCUAGUUCUGGCUCUGGUUCUGGAGCUCCUGUUGGUGAAAAUGCAGCUGAGACUGAGCACAGCUUCCAGGCGGGUUCUGGUGGUGCCGCAACCCUUCCCUUAGAGUCUGUCAGGCCCUCUCCUCUCGGGAGCUACUCCCCAGUUCGCCUGCAGGGGGUGCCAGGCUCUGGGACCUGUUCCACCUGCACCCCCAGCCCCCAGCCCCCACACCCCUGUCCACUCUCAGCAGGGCCUGGCCUGCUGCAGACACCCCCUACGGUAAAACCCGGAAGAGGAUCAGUGGCGUUACCCCCCAGUCCUAGUCUGUGUCUGGGGGUGAAGAGAGGGAUGGUCCCACUGACGCUGCCGGCGGUCCAGAGCCCGUGUUUCCACUGCGGACCUGUUCAUAGUGGAUCAUUGAGCCUGCAGGGCUGUCUGGACUCUGGGAAACACACAGACCAAAGCAAAGGACCUGGAACCAGAACACACAAUGCUCACCACCGCUCCCCCCAGGCUCUCAAAUGGAGAGAAUACCGUCGCCGAAACCCUCUGGGAGUGGAGAAGGGCUCUGGAGGCCACCCUUCCACCCGAUCAGUGACCCUUAUUGCUAACGUGGAUCUCAGAAGGGUCGGGGGGUCCCGCCCCGCCCGACGCAACGUGUUCGAUUUCCCCACUGCUGCGUCCGGCCACACACCGGGAUGGACCAACGACAGUCGUUCCUCUAAGCUGCAGCAGAGCUCCACUGACUUCCUGCUGGAUUACUUCUCCCUAACAGAGAAACCGCCCGAGGAGUUCUGCCUGUCGCCCAACACUGCCUCUUCCUCGUCCUCCUGCUCUUCAUUGCAGUCGCAGACGUGUGUGGACCUGAUGCAGAAACGAGGU